AUGUGCUGGUCAACGAUAUUUAAUGUUCUUCAAUAUAUUAAUUCUAAAACACGUCGUUGUUCACCAUCAGCACUUAUUCUUGAUGGUCAUCUUAUGCUUGGUCGUUAUUAUGUUUAUUCGAAAAUUGUUAUUUUAUGGCAUUAUGAUGUUGAAAAAUUAUAUAAAGAUGCUAUUAUUCAUCGAUUUUUUGAAUUUGAAGAACUAACUAAAUUAAAAUUAACACGUAAAAAAGAAACAAUUUUAACUGAUACACAAUGGCAAAUUGAAAUUGAUGAAAAUUUAUUACCAGAUGAACAAAUGUUAUUAGAACGUGAUUUUUCAAUUCAAAUUCCAUGUCAAAUAACACCAUCGGAACCUGUUCAACCAUCUGAUAAUUUACCACCUCUGAUAUGGAAAUUUUCAAAACCGACUCAUGGUAAACGUAUUAAAUUAUUACCUGAAGUUGAAGAAGCAGUGUCAAAAUUUGAUAUUAUUAAUGAUCAUUAUGGUGAAUCAUUACCAGUUCAACCAACAACAGCUAUGGAUAUUGAAGAAUGUACAUUUUUUCGUGCUGCAUCAGAAGAACGAAGCAAAAACUUACUUCGAGCAUUACGGGUUGAUCGACAUUUAGAUACACCAGAUCGAUAUGUACAUCUAAGUCAAGAACAAACAAUUGAUGAACAUUAUCCACCACGCACAAUACCAUCUGAAAUAUCAGCAUUACCAAUGCCAUCAAUGGAAAUAACACCAAUUGCACCUGAAUGUAUAACAAUUGUUACAUUUGAUCAACUUUCUACUGAUGCAAUUGUUUUUAUUAAAAAUUCUAUUGAUACAUAUAAUAUCCGAUUUAUUGGUAUGAAGACUUAUCAAUUACCAACAGAAGCAUCAGUACGAAUAGGAAUUGAUGGUCAAGUAUCUGAUGUUAUAAUGAUACUAAUUGAAGAAAAAGAAUAUUUUCAUAUAUCCAAAAAGAAACUUAAUACACCAAAUGCAUUAAAUAAAAAACGAAAAAAUAAUUCACUUUAUGAAAAUAUUUCUGAAUUUAUUAAUGAAUUUCUUAAACAACCAAAUACAAAUCGAAUUCAAGCAGCUCGUCUUUUCGGUGUAUUACUUGUACUUUGUGGUGAAGGACGAUUAAAAGUUUAUCAAAAAGAAUCAUAUGGUGAAAUAAAUAUUUUUAUUAACGAUGCAUAUCAUCUAAUGAAACAAAUUCUAUGUGAUACACAAGAUAAAUCAGAUUUCGAAACAAUGGAAAGUGAUGAUAGUCAUUUUUAA